AUGGUGGCCGACGGUGGCAGAAGGUGGCUUGCGAUUUCCGGCCAAACAACCCAUACAACACCUUCUCACACUGGUCGACAAUGGAAAGGAUCAGCAGCAGCGGAAAACAGCGACUCUAUGGCGGCAGAUGGGCUUACCAACGAACUUCCGGUCACUCACGACCCUCACAGUAGCAAAACUCACUUGAUUAUCGGUCUUGGCAGCCAUCUCGGCAAACGCAUCGAUUCCGGUAGCGGGGCUGUGACGGAGGCAACCCCCGGCGAAGUAGCAGCGAUUGAAGUCGUCCCAAAGGUUGUGGCGGCUAGGGACCCUUACUCCGACUUGGUCUCUAACAUGUCUCUCGGUUAG